GAGCCGGAGGGGAGGCAGAGAAGGCGAGCGAGGCACCGGCCCGCAGUCAGCCCCCAGCACAUCCUCAGAUGCGCAGCCCCUCGGCGAGGUGGAGGUGAGGGCGGGCGCCAGCCAGCUCGGAGAGGGGAGCGCUCUCCCGGGCGAUCCCGGCACCGCCGCCGCUCCGGCAGCCAACGCUAGCAGCCUCCGAAGCAGCUUCCUUCCGCAGACUCCCCUCGAGAGGCUGGCCGAGCGGGUGUAGCCUUGGGAGAGGCUCCCGCUAGGGGAAACCCAGCGAGGACGGGAGCCGUCGACCGCCUCCCACCCGGGCUGUCCGGCCAUCGGUGCCUCUGCCCGCGGGUCCGUCCCGGGUGCCGGGGCGCGGGUAUCAGUUUACGCCUCUGAGAUCGCACAGCUGCCUGGGGGCCGGGUGAUGCCCAAGGCAAGUCUUGGCUUUGCUUUUUAUUAUCAUUAUUAUUAUUUUAUGCUUGGCUUUCGGGAAAUACUCGUGAUGUUGUAAGAUAAAGGAAAUGACACUUUGAGGAACUGGAGAGAGCGUAGAUGCGUUUUGUGGUUUGAGAGAAAACCCGUUCUAACCCUCUUGGCUGAUAUCAAGAGCUACCCUCCUCAGGGUGAGGUGGGGAUUCCAGCAAGAAUAAAGGUGAAGACGGGUCGCCAGGACCCGGGAGGGAAACGCUGACCGUUAGAGACCUUUGCAGAAGACAUUGCCAGGAAGAAAAUAAGAGAGACAGAAAAAAACACAAAGACUUAUAAUUACACAAGAAUCCUACAAGCCCAGCCCUGGAGAAAGCUUCCCUCUCCAAAAUGGAUCUGUUUCUUCUCACCUGGGUUUUCUUAGCUCUCUGCUUUUCAGGACCCGAAGUGAGAGGCCAACCAGACCCACCCUGUGGAGGUCGUUUGAAUUCCAAAGAUGCCGGCUAUAUCACCUCUCCAGGGUACCCCCAGGAUUACCCCUCCCACCAGAACUGCGAGUGGAUUGUUUACGCCCCCGAGCCCAACCAGAAGAUUGUCCUCAACUUCAACCCUCACUUUGAAAUUGAGAAACACGACUGCAAGUAUGACUUCAUUGAGAUUCGGGAUGGGGACAGCGAGUCCGCAGACCUCCUGGGCAAGCACUGUGGGAACAUCGCCCCGCCCACCAUCAUCUCCUCGGGGUCCAUGCUCUACAUCAAGUUCACGUCUGAUUACGCCCGGCAGGGGGCAGGCUUCUCCCUGCGCUAUGAGAUCUUCAAGACAGGCUCUGAAGACUGUUCUAAAAACUUUACCAGCUCCAAUGGCACCAUUGAAUCUCCCGGGUUUCCUGAAAAGUACCCCCAUAAUUUGGACUGCACCUUUACCAUCGUGGCCAAACCCAAGAUGGAGAUCAUCCUGCAGUUUCUGACCUUUGACCUGGAGCAUGACCCUUUGCAGGUGGGAGAGGGAGACUGCAAAUAUGAUUGGCUGGACAUCUGGGAUGGCAUUCCACAUGUUGGGCCCCUGAUUGGCAAGUACUGUGGAACCAAAACACCCUCUGAACUCCGCUCAUCGACAGGGAUUCUGUCCCUGACCUUUCACACAGACAUGGCAGUGGCUAAGGAUGGCUUCUCUGCGCGUUACUACCUGGUGCAUCAAGAACCGCUGGAGAACUUUCAGUGCAAUGUUCCUCUGGGAAUGGAGUCUGGCCGGAUUGCUAAUGAACAGAUCAGCGCCUCCUCAACCUAUUCUGAUGGGAGGUGGUCCCCCCAACAAAGCCGGCUCCACGGUGAUGACAAUGGCUGGACCCCCAACUUGGAUUCCAACAAGGAGUAUCUCCAGGUGGACCUACGCUUCCUAACCAUGCUCACAGCCAUUGCAACCCAGGGUGCAAUUUCCAGGGAAACCCAGAAUGGCUACUACGUCAAAUCCUACAAGCUGGAGGUCAGCACUAAUGGUGAAGACUGGAUGGUGUACCGACAUGGCAAGAACCACAAGGUGUUCCAAGCCAACAACGACGCCUCCGAGGUGGUUCUGAACAAGCUGCACACACCGCUGCUGACGAGGUUCGUCCGGAUCCGCCCUCAGAGCUGGCACUCGGGCAUCGCCCUGCGCCUGGAGCUCUUCGGCUGCAGGGUCACAGAUGCCCCCUGCUCCAACAUGCUGGGAAUGCUCUCAGGCCUCAUUCCUGACUCCCAGAUCUCCGCCUCCUCCACCCGCGAAUAUCUCUGGAGCCCCAGUGCUGCCCGCCUGGUCAGCAGCCGUUCGGGUUGGUUCCCUCGGAUCCCUCAGGCACAGCCAGGUGAAGAGUGGCUGCAGGUUGACCUGGGAGCACCCAAGAUGGUCAAAGGCGUCAUCAUCCAGGGCGCCCGUGGAGGAGACAGCAGCACAGCAGUGGAAGCCAGGGCAUUUGUGCGCAAGUUCAAAGUCUCCUACAGCUUGAACGGCAAAGACUGGGAAUAUAUCCCAGACCCCAGGACACAGCAACCAAAGCUGUUUGAAGGGAACGUGCACUAUGACAGCCCCGACAUCCGAAGAUUUGACCCUGUCCCUGCCCAGUACGUGCGUGUAUACCCAGAGCGCUGGUCACCGGCGGGCAUCGGGAUGCGGCUGGAGGUGCUGGGCUGUGACUGGACAGACUCAAAGCCCACAGUAGAGACGCUGGGACCCACUGUGAGGAGUGAAGAGACCACCACCCCGUAUCCCAUUGACGAGGAGGCCACGGAAUGUGGAGAGAACUGCAGCUUUGAGGAUGGUGAGGAAGGGGACAAAGAUUUGCAGCUCCCUUCAGGAUUCAAUUGCAACUUUGAUUUCCCUGAGGAGCCCUGCGGGUGGAUGUACGACCAUGCCAAGUGGCUCAGAAGCACCUGGACCAGCAGCUCCAGCCCCAACGACCAGACGUUUCCAGAUGACAGGAAUUUCUUGCGGAUGCAGAGUGACAGCAGGCAAGCCGGCCAGUAUGGGCGGAUCAUCAGCCCGCCAGUGCACCUGCCUCGGAGCCCCGUGUGCCUGGAGUUCCAGUUCCAAGCCACGGGCGGCCGCGGGGUGGAGCUGCAGGUGGUGCGGGAAGCCAGCCAGGAGAGUAAGCUCCUGUGGGUCAUCCGUGAGGACCAGGGCGGCCAGUGGAAGCAUGGACGCAUCAUCCUGCCCAGCUACGACAUGGAGUAUCAGAUUGUGUUCGAGGGAGUUAUAGGAAAAGGACAUUCAGGAGAGAUCGCCAUUGACGAUAUCCGGAUAAGCACUGACGUCCCACUGGAUAGCUGCAUGGAACCUAUGUCAGCUUUUGCAGGUGAGAAUUUUAAAGGGGGCACCCUCCCGCCGGGGACCGAGCCCACGGUGGACACGGUGCCCGUGCCGCCCGUCCCAGCCUACUGGUAUUACGUGGUGGCCGCCGGGGGCGCAGUGCUGGUGCUGGUCUCCGUCGCGCUGGCCCUGGUGCUCCACUACCACCGGUUCCGCUAUGCGGCCAAGAAGACUGACCACUCCAUCACCUACAAAACCUCCCACUACACCAACGGGGCCCCUCUGGCAGUGGAGCCCACCCUAACCAUUAAGCUAGAGCAAGACCGCGGCUCGCACUGCUGAGGGCGAAGCAAGGAAGCACCCAAACAAACGAGAAAGACUGCAAACCCGUGGCCUCGAUUUUGCACUUUUUUCUCCUCGCCUAGUCUUUGUGUGAACUCUCAGACAGCGCUCUCCCAGCCCGACCCCUGAGCGCCCCUGUCCACCCACCGUCCUCCUCGGAUUCAUUUUCUUCGCUUUUUUUCUUUCUUCUUCCUUUCUUUUCUCUUCUGUCUUUCUCUCUCUUUCUUCCUCUCUCUCCCUCUCUCCUUCUUCCUUUCUUUUGUGACUCCGAACCAACAAACCCCACCUCUAAUGCUGCAUCUUGGACAAUGAGAAGGGACCAUCCCUAAGCACUUCACCACUCAUGGCUCAGCUGGUUUCCUCAGAGACUGGUCCUCUUGUCCCUCCCUUGCCUUACCCACCCCUCUUCGCAUAGGCAGGCUGCCAGGCGUCUUGAGGGGAACCUGGCUCUGUGUGUUUGUACAUAGUGAACACUCCUGAGUGUGACUAGCUCUGUGUGUGUGUGUGGGUGUGAGAGAAAGUGCUUUGUGGGGGGGUUAUGAGUAUGUGUAGAGAGGGCCUCUCUCACUCUUGUGUUACUUCUCCUGGGGUACAUGUUACCACGAAAUAAUAUCCUGUCCAUGUUUUGUUUACUUGGAGAAGAGAUUGAAGCUUUUUGUUGCCUUAUCUAGCUCUGGCUGGGUUUCUGUUGGCUGUCAUUGUCAUCUCCAGGUACCUAGUAAAACAGGCCACGUGGACUGCAGUGUGGCCAGUCCCUUCCCAUCCCCUGCCCAAGAGGAAGGUUUCCCACCCUCAGACGGGACCUCCUUGUCAUGUCUUCUGGGGUCUUUGGAGUCCCAAGAUAACGCCAUUGGGUGUGUGUGGAACCAUCUCUACUUCCAGCCCUGAAGCAAAUCUGUCUCAUGUUGCCUUAUAAAAAAAAAGAAGCUCAUAAUGAAUGUUCAGCUUUGAUCAGUUAAGUCCAAUCAUGGAGUAAGUCAUAAAGAAUAACAGAUCUGGGACUGGUACAGGAAAAGCAGUAGUCUGUUUAAAUUGAGAGCAGGAGGAGGAGAGAAGAGGGGAGAAGGAAGGAUGGAAAUGGCUUUUCAAAGUCUCCUCACCCCAGGGGCCAUUGCUCAAUGUGGCAUGGGGGUAAGAAAGUGAAAAACCAUACUCUUUGAUAUUAUAUUGAUCAUUGUAAUGGCAUUUGUAAAAUAUGGGGAAAAGGGGAUCAUUUGUUUUCCUUUCAUGGUGUUAAUGUGUGCCUGAAUCUAUACCACUAAAAUAUAAGGCUGUCCACCUGACUUAUUUAAAUAUUAUGAGAGAAUAGAAAGUAAUGGUUUGUUUAAAUGUUCCACUGUGCUACCCCUUAAAGCACUAAUAGUGCCUGGCAAAUACAUCCUCAUAGGCCAGCCUGGCAUAUCCAAAUGUUGCUGCUUGGUCAGAGAGAAAGUAGAAGAAAGAUGUAUCUACUGCAGCCCAUUUGUCCUCUUAAAGCAAUGCAGAGAAAAGGAUAUCAGAAAGCAGUUGCCUAAUGAUACUGUGCAAAGUAUGGAUUACAAUGAAUUAUCAGAAGUUUCACUGAUAGAAAAUGUGUAUUUUAAGAUUUUUCAGUGUAGCAUACUAAAGCUCAGCCCUGGGGGCAUUUGUUUUUUACCUUCCUGGUAGGAAUCCACUAGGAAAGUGUAAAAUUCUCUCAAAAGAUGAGUUGCCUGUGUUGAAAGCCUCCAGGUACCUUCUAGAGCAAAAUGCUAAUGAUUUUUUUUUUUUUUUUUGGUUGCUUGGGAGAAAGCCUUUUAGCAUUCUUUUGGAAUAUCCACAAUAGGUCCCUCCAGCACACAGCACACUCACGCAGUCCGCUUUCCCAUCUGGUUCGUUUCAUCCUCCUGAAAGAAGAGUGCUCUCCCACUCGUACUCUAUUUCAAAGAGCUACUCAGUCGCAACCACAGCAGCCCCGCCAAGAGAAGGAAGGAUGAGAGACUCAGGCCUGGCUACCUGAGGUUUCAGGAAGUGUUCUAUCCCAGCUGAAGAUGGAGAGGGAGGGGACGGGGUAGCAGCUCAGGAUGCCCUGCAGUGGCUAGCACGGCAGCCACUGAGGGGUUUACAUCACAGGUGUCCAUGUCCAUGUCCAUGUCCACUUAAGCUUUUGGGGCCAGACAUUUCCUCAAAGUGACUGACCUUCCUGUGGGUGCCCCAUGGGGGCGUGGCAUCAGGGAACCACAUCUGGAAAACCAGCCGGGUUGCCAUAUUCCCUUGGGAAUUCUCCAUCUUUAAAAGAAGAUGGUAACAACUCUGUAAGCUUGCUGUCUUUACCCCAUGCCCUGGGCAGCAGCAUAUCAUCUCUGUGUGCCUGCCAUAGUUGACAGCAUGAGGCUGCUCAGAUUUUGGUGAGUCCUACAGCAUACUUCAGCCAGAAUCCUACAGCAUUCUCUCCUCUCCCUUCUCCCCGCAACGCCAGCAACUCUCAUAGUACUAUCCAGGUACUAUGCUAAAAGGGCAGCACUUCUGUAAAAUGCCAUAACUUGCAGCUUUACAAAGCAAAAUUGUGUAUUCAUGGAGAGAGAAGAGUUUCUCUCUUCUUUAAAAAAAAAAAUGGACUGGGCAGGUGAAUGCAUGCAUGCAUGUAUUUAGAGUUGCUUCUCCAGAGAAAAGAGGUGAAAGCAACUAUUAAAAUAUGAAUGAGUGAAUGAAUAAGAUGAAGGCCUAGCUCAGGCGGUAAAGCCUUUGCCUUAGUAGAGGUUUCAUGACAAAAUUUCCAGGAGGGAGCCCUUAUCUUUGAGGUUAAAAAGAAAAAGCCCUUCCUUGACAUUAUACUAGCAACCUCAUCACCUAAUUGCUGGCCAAGGCAGAAAAAGAAAUGGAAAAAUUGUAGCACUGACAAAACAGGAUGCUAAAAUUGUCUGAUCCUUCAUCCUGACUUUUUGGGAUUAAAACCAGAAUAGGAAAUGCAGUAAUAUUUCUGAGGUAGAUCUCCCAUCUUUAAAAAGACUUUAUCCUUAAAGUGAAACUAGCAGGCAAGCAAACACCUAAAAAAAUAAAAAAUUACCAAAGAACAACAUCGAAACAAGAAAACACAAAAAUUUUUACUUCCUAUUCUUAUCCCCUCCCCCUAUAACUGUGACAUCCUUGCAUUGCUCUGUUGCCUGUGUGUCAAAAUAACUUGUGGAUGUUGGAAACUAUUUGAAAAUGUAUUGUGUGGAAUGUAAUAAAAUGAUGAUAUUUUUAUACAAA